CGCGCCGAAGAAGAAGAAGAAGAAGAAGAAGGCAACAUGGCGGACGUGGUGAGUGUCGAAGUCAACCUGGACGCUUUCUCGCACGCUAUCAGCGGGAUUCAGGCGCUCCGCUCCAGCGUGAGCCGCGUCUUCGAGUCCCUGAAGGAUGGCAUGAAGAACCGGGAUACCUUAGAAAACCGGGAGAAACAAUUUAUAGCCGAAUUCCAGGACAAUCUGCAGGCGGUCAACAGAGACCUGAACGAGUUGGAGCGCCUCAGUGGUCUUGUUGGUCGACCAUCCGAGUCUCAUCCGCUCCACAACAGUGGACUUCUUAGUCUGGACCCGGUUCAGGACAAAACUCCUCUUUACUCUCAGCUGCUGCAGGCCUACAAAUGGUCCAACAAGUUGCAGUACCACGCAGGCCUGGCCUCCGGUUUGUUGAACCAGCAGUCACUCAAGCGGUCAGCCAAUCAGAUGGGAGCUUCAGCCAAAAGACGGCCUAAGGUCCAGCCCAGCACGCUGGUCCUUCCCCCUCAGUAUGUGGACGACGUCAUCUCUCGGAUCGGAAGGAUGUUUCCCGACAUGACAAUUGAACUGUUCCGACCUAACGGAACGUCUGCCGUGCUGCUGGUGACCCUGGGCAAGGUGCUGAAAGCGAUCGUUGUGAUGCGUUCACUGUUCAUAGACAGAACCUUGGUCCGAGGCUUCAACGAGAACGUUUACAACGAUGACGGAAAGCUGGACAUCUGGACCAAGUCCCAGCACCAAGUCUUCCAGAAGGUAACGGACCACGCCACCACCGCACUGCUGCACUACCAGCUGCCCCAGAUGCCCGAGGUGGUGGUACGCUCCUUCAUGACUUGGCUGAGGAGCUACAUCAAACUCUUCCAGUCUCCCUGUCAGCGAUGUGGUCACUUCCUGCAGGACGGACUUCCUCCAACGUGGAGGGACUUUAGGACCCUGGAGGCCUUCCACGACACCUGCCGCAUGUGACUCUCUUUUCUUGCAAUAAACUUAGACUAUUUUUCUACACAAGGCGUUGUUUGGUCAUGCAGGAUAGUCACAUGACAUAGAAAAGGACUCUUGUAUGGUGGAGUUGCCAGACGGAAGCCAUUCUUAAGUCAAAAGUUUGCCAAAAUGCACCUGAAAGACUCUCAGACCGUGAGAAACUAAACUCUCUGGUCUGAUGAGACAAAGAUUGAAGUCUUUGGCGUCACGUUUGGAGGAAACCAGACAUCGAUACCAUCCCUACGGUGACGCAUGGUGGUGGCAGCAUCAUGAUGUGGGGAUGGUUUUCAGCAGCAGGAACUGGGAGACUAUUCAGGAUAGAGGGAAAGAUGAAUGCAGCAAUGUACAGACACAUCCUGGAUGAAAACCUCCCCAUUGAACCUGAUGGAGCUUGAGAGGUGCUGCCCAAAGA